AUGUCAUAUUUUACACACAUUUUCAGGUAUCUCAAUGGGAGUAUGCUCAGCCUGAUCUCUAUACUUGUGUUAUGUUUAUGCGUGAAUUUUUCUGAAGGGUUGCCGGAACGGCGUUGUGGAACGUUGGACAUUCGAAAUCAUCCGAAUCAGGGCUACAAGCUCGGUGGUCAUAAGUCGAUUUCAAGCAGUCAUGUCAAUUGUAGCGUUUUGGAAGGCUCGAUGGUGUUGUCAUUAAUACAGAACUCAAAUGUGACGGAGGCAGAUUUUCCAACGUUCCAGCAUCUUCGAGAAAUCACAGGAUCAUUGUUGAUUUUCCAUGUCAGGAAACUAUCAACAUUGUCACGAAUUUUCCCGAAUCUCCGGAUCAUUGGUGGUCAGAAUCUGAUUCAACAUUUUUCACUAAUUAUCUAUCAGAAUGAGGACCUUAUCGAUAUCGGUCUCACCAAAUUACGGCUCAUUCGUAAUGGAGGAGUUCGUAUUGCUGAAAACAACAAAAUGUGCUACUCACGGUAUAUCGAUUGGAAGCACCUCAUGGCUGGUCCGUUGAAUGACAUACUUGUCGAUGAUUCGGUGGAAAUUGGUGUCGGAGAGGGAAAGAUCCACUGCCCAUACGAUCGUAUUAAUGGCACUGUGGGACCCGGAUGCGCAGAUUCUAACGGUGCAAAAUGUCACCGACAGUGUGUAGCCGGAUGUACGGUACCGGAUGAUGACACAGCAUGCUACGGAUGUUUGCAUUACAAUCACAACGUGGGGUGCAUGCGUCGAGAAAUGUCCAGCGAAUCUGUUCGUAUACCUAAACCGUCGAUGCAUCACGGAAGCGGAAUGCGAUUCGUGAAGAUGUCAGCACUGCGAGGGGGUAAAGACGUCUAUAAACCAGCUAAUGGAGUUUGUGCAACGAUUUGUCCUGAAGGACUGGAAGAAGACCCAUCAAACAAGAAACGCUGCAGAAAAUGCGCUGGCGAAUGUGUACGCAAAUGUCCUGGAAAUAUCACUGUAGACAGUAUGUCAAAGGCAAUGCAAUUGAAGCACUGUAGCGUGAUCGAGGGCUAUCUAGAAGUGGAGAUGCGUGUUGGUAUGAGCGCUGUGGCAGCUUCUCAGCUUACAGACGUUUUUGGAAAGAUCACGACCAUAGACGGCUAUUUCGUUGUUCGACUCUCACCUUCGUUCGUGAAUUUGCACAUGUUCCGCAGUUUGACCCGAAUCACUGGACGUUCUCUAUAUCGUGAUAAGAUCACGUGA